CAUACACCAGUGUCUACGCGGCGCAGAGCUAUUGCCGGGCGGGAUUUCCGCAAUAUCAAGUAUGGCGAAGACCUACGAUUAUUUGUUCAAACUACUGUUAAUCGGAGAUUCCGGAGUCGGAAAAACAUGCGUAUUGUUCAGAUUUUCAGAGGAUGCAUUCAACUCCACCUUUAUCUCUACAAUAGGUAUUGAUUUCAAGAUUAGGACAAUAGAACUAGAUGGCAAGAAGAUUAAGCUGCAGAUAUGGGACACGGCAGGUCAGGAGAGAUUCAGAACGAUCACGACAGCGUACUACAGAGGAGCCAUGGGCAUUAUGUUGGUGUAUGACAUCACCAAUGAAAAAUCCUUUGACAACAUAAAGAACUGGAUAAGGAACAUUGAAGAACAUGCAUCGGCGGAUGUUGAGAAGAUGAUUCUUGGCAACAAGUGUGACAUCAAUGAGAAACGACAGGUUUCCAAAGACAGAGGCGAGAAGCUGGCUCUGGAAUAUGGCAUCAAGUUCAUGGAGACAAGUGCAAAGGCCAAUAUAAAUGUUGAAAAUGCAUUUCUAACACUUGCCAGAGACAUCAAAGCAAAAAUGGACACGAAAUUGGAGGGCAACAGUCCGCAGGGCAGCAACCACGGUGUGAAGAUCACUACGGAGCAGCAGCAGAAAAAAACCAGCUUCUUCCGCUGUGUGCUCCUGUGAGGCUGCACCUGCCUGUCCGCCUUACCGUCCACCUGUACGAGCUGGACGCCACUGGACUGUGCUCUUGCUCUCAGCACUCCCCAGACCAACCCUUUCCCUCCAUCCCUCCCUCUCUUUCUCUGGAUCUCUCUGUCUUUUAAUCUCUGUUGCUUCUCUCUCUUCGUUUGCCCCCCCUCCCUGCCCCACUUUCCUUCUCCUACCAGUUGGCCGAUGGACGUAGUUUGCUCUCUGUCCAUAUUCUUCCAUAAGACACACACCGGUGAUGGCAUCCUCUUCCAGGCUUAUGAUCCUUUGCCAAUAUUGCCGCGCUUCCGAUUGGCUGUACCUGGUCGAGGUGAAGAGCUGAGCCGGCUUGUGCCGGUCUGAAGGGCCGUGCGCUCUCUCUCUGCGUACGUCCACACUUCAGGAAGAAGAGGCCCACCGCUCCUGUUUGUCCAACAGCCCUGUCUUGGAGCACUCUCAUCUGAGCAUGUCGCUGCCAAACUCUUACCACAGCCCCCUCAGUCCCAGUCAGCCCCGAUCUCGUUCCGGAGAAAGCAGAUUGGUUUGAGAGUUGUUCUUCCUGGAUCAGACUGUAGAGCGCAAUUUGCUGAGUGUUUCGGAGCACUGCUUAAGAACCUUCUAUUCUCCAUUCCAUUCUGUUGUUUUGUGUUUCUGUUUUUCUAAAUCCCCAUGCAUUCCGUGACAAUCACUUGACCUAACUUUUGAAAAUAGGAAGCUGGUAGUGGUCCACUUGUUCUCUGGGCAUCGUUCCUCUCUUGUUUGUUAGAAUUUUUUUUCUCUUCAGAAACCUUUUUUUGGUGUAUUUUUUUUUUUUUAAUUACCCGUAAAAAAGUCUUUCUCCCAUAAUCACCCUCUGGACAUUGGGUCUGCAACGGCAUAUUUAUGCAGAUAGUUCACCUUGCCAUCUUUGUUUACCUGUUCAUGCUAUUGAGAUUUUCUUAUGCAGAAUCUGUGCACAACUUGUUAUUUCAAGUUAGGCUUAUUGAUUUUCUUGUUUGUUUUUUUUCUUUCUUUCUUUCUCUUUUUAAUACGUUUCAUAUUGCCAGUCUGGGCCUGUUUUGUUUUUGUUUUAUCAUUAUUUUCAUCACAUGGCAAUUCACCUCUCAAAUCCCCUACCGCAGACGGUCCACUGUGGAUGGUAUACUGUAAGCAUGUGCACAACUCACUGGACUCAUUGCUAUCAUCUGAUCCAAAAAAAACUCAGGACUUGUCUCAGAAAAAUCUGAGGGAUUGUAGCAGAAUGCCCCCCACUCCCCACUCUCCCUUGGUAACAAUACACAUUUGGUAACUAUAUACAUUUGGCCCUAACGGGUAGCAUCAAGAUCCAAACUCACAAAUAACAUCUCUGUAGAAAGAACAUCUUGGGCUGCCUCCAGCUGUGCUUCACUGGGAGGGGAAACUCGUCCAGUCGCCCAUGGUCCGUUGCACUUUAGGAGUGACCUUUUGUGUCGUGAGUAGUCUGUGCGGAGAGGUAGUGUUUUUGUAUAAUGCAAUUGAUCUGUUCCUUUUGUCAUUAUUGGAGAGAGAAAACAUAUAUUGAGACCUAAUAUAGACCUGAUUACUUAAUAUUUCGAUAAGUUUCAUUUGACUUGUAUUUUUUAUCUUAAAAGUCAUGUAUAAAAUUUAAAAAAGGCCACAAGCCUGCCCUGUGCAGUCUGAAAAAUCUGCCCGCAACACCUUUAGUCUUUAUGAAGCAAUCUACAUCACAAGAGAUGUUGCACAAUUCACAGCCGGUUUGAAAUGCCUUGGCUUCCAUCAGCUUGCCAAAGUUGACGGCGCAAAGCUCUUGAGCUUCUAGAAACCUCUGCUACUGUGCAGUGAGGGGAGCGGGCUAGUCUCCGGCCUUAGAACUGUGCUGCUGUGUCUUAGCCCUUAGAGCUGUGCUGUGUGUGUGUGUGUGUAAGAUCAAGAUAGCACUAACCUCAGCCCUUAAGAGCUGUGCUGCCACUAGCUUCCUCUGUGUGGGAUGACUCACCCCAGCAGAGCAGAGUGGAGGCUGUUCGGCCCCCUCUGGUUUUCCUUUCAGUCACGGGCACUUCCCUAUGUCAGCCUUAGGUGCUGCACUCAUUCUGGUUAGCUUGCUCACGCGCUCUUGGCCUUCCAGGGGCGUCUUUUCUGUCUGCUCUCUACUUUCCCUUUGCACACAGUUUUGUAGAAGUGAGCCUUCCGAUUGGGUGGAGACGCUCAGACUUGGUGUGCUUUGAAUAGGAAGGAGAUCUUAAACCGCAAAGGUCCGAUAGGGGCUGUGGAUUUUCACAGAAACCCCAAGGAGUGCAGCUAACAUAUUUCACCAUAACAUUACACCAGCACCUUUCAGUCUUUAAAUAACCACACACCUGCCUGGCUGCCAGACUUUGGCCAUAAGCAGCCUCACCAGCCCAUUGUAGAAGCUUGUCAGUUUUGAGCUUGCUUUUUCCCUUAAUUGACAGCAUACCAACAUGGCCAAUUGUGACUGCCAUCUACUCUUUGGAAGUCGGUUUGUGAGCCAGCAUACUGCGUUGGAGGUCAGACAAGUACACUGGGGACACUCUGGUGGUUAAAGCAUUCCGUUAGAAACAAACAAAAAAAAAACAGUGUUCUGUAUGUUGAAACAAGGAGAAGCUUGUGGUGUUUUUCAGGAGAUUAAAAGUUACGGUAACUUUCUCUUCCAUUUUGAUUUUUUUUUUUUCUUGGGUGUUGAGCAGUUUGCCUAUUUAAACCAAAUUGCUGGCUUCCCCUUUCAAUUCAUCAAUUCCUUUUUUCCAAAGAGAUCAAAUGAUCACUUUUCUUUUCUUUUUUUUUCCCUAUCCAUUGGUACCUUGGAUCAAAAGUGUCCCCUAUUAUAAUUAUUAUUAUAAUUAUUAUUAUUAUUAUUAUUAUUAUUAUUAAUGUUAUUAAUAUUAUUAUAAUACGGGCUUGAUGCCCUUUUUUCUGCCACUCUCUGUUGAGUGUUCGCUGAGCUCAGACCUGCAUGCGUUCACAGCCGAACCCUUUGUCUUAAUUGCUAAUACUUGAUCUGUUUUCAUUUUGAAACUAUGCAUCAUGAAGGUUCAUAUUGACAACCUUUAACAACCUACUUGGUUAUGAUUUUUUUUUUUUUUUUGGAAAUGUCAAAAGCAGUUGCUUCACACUGAGCACAUUCCUGUAUGAUUUUUGUUGUGGUCCCCCCAUCUCUUCAUGUGCAAUGCUCUUUUUUGUAAUUUAAGUUGAAUUCUAUUCAUCUGUCUGGCUCGGGUGUGAAAUUUGGCACAAAACAGUGUUGAGCUUGCCCUUACUGAGCUGUGAGGGAAGCUGAGGAAGGCCACAAGUCUGCCGUUGGUGGCUGCUCACAGAUCAGUGUUCCUACCUGCAUUUCUGUGAGUCUAGUCACUCAACUUCUGUCAUCGAUUCCUCUCCCAGUGUGCUUUCAGGUCCCCUUCCCUCUCGCUCACUCAUUCGUUUUGUUUUGUUUUGCUUUGGCAUUGCUGUCUCAUAUCAUAUCCAUUCCCCUUUUUUUUUAUUUUUUUUUUUUUUUAUGGAAGGCUGUUUUCAUGUAUCUGUUUAUUUGAGAGGUAUUUGGGGAGAGAAUUUAAAAUAAAUUACCUUUU